CGGUCGAGUGAGCACCGCAGUUAUGUCACAGCCAGCCCCUGUGAAAAAGAAGCGUCCUCCAGUGAAGGAAGAAGACCUCAAAGGAGCCAGAGGAAACCUUUCCAAAAACCGGGAAAUUAAAUCCAAAACCUACCAAGUGAUGAAGCAAUGUGAACAAAUGGGCUCUGCAGCACCCUCCAUAUUCAGCCGGGACCGGACAGGGGAUGAAACAGUCUUUGAGAAACCGAAAGGAGAGCCAGCCAAGAGCGUCUUUGGCUGAUGGCAGAGCCGGAUGUGUCUCACCCAGAUGAUUGUUGUAACGUGUUCCCAAAUUUCUGCCCCUUACACUAAAGUCACGGUAG